GGUGGCGGAGGAGCGUUUCCUAGCAGCGGGCGCCGCCAUGGCGCCGCGGCGCGGCGGGCCCGUGGGGUACGCGCUGCUGUGCGGGCAGGCCCUGCUGCUGCUCGGUAACCUGCUGCUGCUGCACGGCGCGUCCCGGGGGCUCCCGCACAACGGCACCGAGCCCGACCCGCCCGCACCGCCUUCGUGGGCCUACACCGACCCGCAGGCGCCGCUGGUGCUGUGCACCUACCUCCCCGAGGAGUUCGUGGAGUGCGAGGAGCCGGUGGACCACGGCGGGAACGCGACGGCGCAGCAGGAGCUGGGCCACGGCUGCGUGAAGUUCGGCGGGCAGGCCUACGGCGAGGUGGAUCACACGCGGGUGCAGUGCAGGGCGCUGGACGGCAUCGAGUGCGCCGAGCCAAGGAGCUUCCUGCGGGGCAGCCGGCCCUGCGUCAAGUACACCGGCCACUACUUCAUCACCACUCUGCUCUACUCCUUCUUCCUGGGCUGCUUCGGAGUGGAUCGGUUCUGCCUCGGCCACACCGGGACCGCCGUGGGGAAGCUGCUGACCCUGGGCGGGCUGGGGAUCUGGUGGUUCGUGGAUCUGAUUCUGCUCAUCACCGGCGGGCUGAUGCCCAGCGACGGCAGCAACUGGUGCACGGUGUAUUGAGAGAGCUGUGCGGACCCCGGCGGUGCUCAGGGGGGCUGCAGAUGGACCCCACUGCAUCAGGACAGACGGUGGCCACACACCGAAGCCAUAUCAUGGCAUGCAGAGCAAUUACUCCUCUUAAUGUACAAACCUUGGACACGGAUUUGCUCAGGAUCUUAUUUUGCUUGUUUGAAGUAAUCUGGAUCUGAAGGUGGUCAAACAAAUCCUUAAUAAAACCUGGAAGGAGC